CGCCGCCAGCCCCGCCCCGGCUCCCCGCGGGGGCCCCCCAGCUGUCUGGGGCUCAGACGGGAGCGCCGCGGCCACCGCGAGAGGGGACGGGGCGCGCUGCGGGCGACUCCGAGCGGCACGGUUGCUCCAAGACCAGGCGGCGCGGGAGGACGCGUCCACCGGGGCCGCCCGCACCGGUCACCUCCGGCCGCCACUGCAGCCUCUGGGGCGCCGGGUGUCUGAGCAGAAGCGAGCCGGGUCGGUGACAGUGAGCGGCGGGGGCGUCCCGUCCAGCUCCGUGAAGGGGAGGGCAGCGGCAGGCGGAGACGCCGGGGACCCCGGCCGGCCCGAAGGCGGCGAGUCGGGGGUGCCAUGGAGGCUCGGCGCGGCGCGGGGCGGCGCGGGGCCCAGUGAGGCGCCCGGGCCAUGUACGGCGACGUGUUCAACGCCACGGGCGGCCCCGAGGCGGCGGGCGGCGGCGGCGCUCUGGCCCUGGCGGCCACGGUCAAGGCGGAGGGCGCGCUGCCGCUGGAACUGGCCACGGCGCGCGGCAUGCGGGACGGCGCGGCCACCAAGCCCGACCUGCCCACCUACCUGCUGCUCUUCUUCCUGCUGUUGCUCUCCGUGGCGCUCGUCGUCCUCUUCAUCGGAUGCCAGCUGCGCCACUCGGCCUUCGCCGCGCUGCCCCACGAUCGCUCGCUGCGCGACGCCCGCGCGCCCUGGAAGAUGCGACCCGUGUAGCGGCCCGGGGAGGGAGGGGGGGUACCCGGGCGGCCAGAGCUGCGCCCCGGAAUCGCCGCCGGCGCCCUGAGCCCGGCUGACCCCCCUUUCCCCACUCCCAGCUGCAGCCUGGGCGUAGAGGGCGUGGGGGGGGGGGGGGCGCGCGGAGGCGCAUCUGGGGGUCUCCGUUCUAGUGACCGCGCGUGGAGGACCAAGGUUCUGCGCCCCUCGCGAGCCUUCCUCCCCAGGGACAGCGGGGUGCCUCGCUGAGAGAAGGCGCGAGCCCCGACGCAGCAGUCUUUCCCGCCGCCCGACUUCUUUGCUUCGCCCGGGGAAGGCGCCGGCGGGACGAGCCACGGAACCGGCCGCGAGCGGGCGGUCGCCACCGUCCGGCCCUGCGCCGCCUUCCCGGGCUUCUGCCGCCUGCCCCAUACGUGGCGCCAAGCACAUCCCCUCGGACCCGAGCCUGAACUCAGUAAGACUUUGGAAUGAUGGGCCUCGGGGAGCGCGCACCCCCGGAGAAGUGAGGGGACGCAGUUAUUUGCAGGAGGACCCCGGGUACUCUGCGAUACGCAGGAGCGGGAGGCGGGGGGUGGGGUGGG